ACGACGCAGCCAGAGAAGAAGAAGAAAAAGCAGAAGAAGAAGAAGGAGGUGAAGAACUGGACUAGCGCCGCCCUGGCGGCCCGUGGCGGUACUGCGGGGGCGGACGUGUCUGCGUGGAAGGAUCUCUUCGUGCCCCCUCCGGUGCUGCAGGCCCUCAGCUGCCUGGGGUUCGCCCACCCCACCCCCAUCCAAGCGCUCGCACUGCCCCCCGCCAUCAGAGACCACCUCGACGUACUGGGGGCCGCAGAGACAGGCAGUGGCAAGACUCUGUCGUUCGGCAUCCCCAUUCUCCACAACAUCCUGGAGUGGAAGCAGGCCUCCGAGACCUGGAUAGCCAAUAAGAAGGCGGAACAAGAGGCAGCAGCCAAUCAGACGGCAAGUGGUGAAGAUGAUUCAGGUGACGAAGACGAUGAUGCUGAUGAAGACGAUGAGGCUGCUGCUGAUGAAGAUCGGGGUUGUGUCAAGAUUCGCAGCGUUGAGGAGGGCGACUCACACACCCCUGUGGAGGAGAAGGAAGAAGAGGAGGAGGGGCCUAAACAGCCGCUCCUGGCCCUGGUCCUCACCGCUCCAACGCGUAUCCGUACGGCCAUCGUGGUUGGUGGCAUGGCGCCCCAGAAACAGAAUCGGGUGCUGAGUCGGAGACCUGAGAUCGUCAUAGCAACGCCCGGACGCCUGUGGGACCUCAUCAAGGACGGACACCCCCAUCUCACCGACCUCCGACACCUGCG